UUCAUGACACUGUUUCAAGGUGCGCUUUACUUCGAUUGUUUCGAGCGUCUGUUUAUACAAACUGCACCUAACGAGGUUUUCUUCCGGGGGUACGAAAACGUACAAUUUGGUCAUGCGAAAGCCAUCGUAUGCGCCAUUCACGAUAUGCAACUCCAUUUCAGUCAGUCGCUUCAUAAGCUCCCAUUUGCAUCCCUCCAUUGUUGAUUUGCGUUUGGGUUCUCUGAUGCUACAGAGUAAUGGCGAAGCAGCAGCCAGAAAUAGGAUUAGGGCGUGAAUUUUUCACGCCAUUGUCGAGAUUUGGGGUUUUGGUCGCGCAGCUUGAGUCCAUUGUGGCCUCUGCGCCACAACAACCCCCUGAUCCUCUCCUCUGCUUCGAUCUCCUCUCAGAUCUUGUCUCCUUCUUAGACGAUGAACCGAAGGAGUCAGUUUUGGUUUGGCAAAGGAAGUGUGAAGAUGCUCUCUUCUCAUUGCUCGUUCUUGGUGCUCGACGGCCCGUAAGGCGCCUUGCUUCUUUAGCAAUGGUUAGAGUUAUAAGUAAAGGAGAUGAAAUCUCAAUAUAUUCCAGAGCCAGUUCAAUACAAGGUUGGCUUUCAGAGUGGAAACGAAGCGAUCCUCUUGCUUAUGCUGGCGCUGCACAAUGCUUGGGAGAGUUGUACGGUACAUUUGGAAGGAAGAUUACUUCAGGGCUUACGGAAACUGCCAACAUUGCUGCAAAACUGAUGAAGUUUCACGAGGAUUUUGUGAGAAAAGAAGCUUUGCAUAUGCUUCAGAAUGCUUUAGAAGGUUCAGGUGGCGGAGGUUCUUUUGCUGCUUACUCUGAAGCUUUCCGUACAAUUAUGCGAGCAGGAAUAGGGGAUAAAUCUUUUCAUGUUAGAAUAGCUGCAGCUAGAUGUCUCAAGACUUUUGCUAGCAUAGGAGGACCUGGAUUGGGAGUUACAGAGCUUGAAAAUUCUGCUUCUUAUUGUGUUAAGGCUCUUGAGGAUCCUGUGUCACAUGUGAGAGAUGCCUUUGCUGAAGCUUUGGGCGCUGUGCUUGCUCUUGGCAUGAAUCCUCAGGCGCAGGUGCAACCAAGAGGUAAAGGUCAACCCCCAACAACCAGGAAAGUUGAAGGUGGUAUACAAAAGCAUUUAAUAGGGCCAUUCAUGAGAGGUAAUUUAAUUAUAUUUAUUAUCAUCCUUGCACUAUAUCAGUCUAAAAGGAAGUGGAAGAGGGUCAAGAGACUGAGGAGAAUAAGAUAUGAGGAUGAUGAGGGGGAGGCAAACUUGAAGGAGAACAUCAAAGAAGACCAAUAUGAGGGUGAUGACUCUACUGAUGAUGGCUGGGCAUCAUCAUCAGAUUUAGGCACAUCUGGUGGUGGUCAUAGAAAUAGAGAUGCUUGUGUUAUUUAUAUAAUGCGGGUUGGUAUUACUGAACAAAUGACAGAGCCAACACAGAGGAACUUCUUAGUGUUUAUGGGAAAACAGUUGGAGUCCCCCAACACUAAUGAUUCAAUGAAAGUGGCUGCCUUGCGGACUUUGUCUUAUCUUCUGGAAACUUUGGGGGAGGUCCCCAUGGAGUCCAAGGAAGUUCUUGACAGCGCACUUGUUGCAGCCUUGUCUCACUCUUCAUUAAUUGUCCGUGCUGAAGCUGCAUUGACAUUUCGUGCAUUGGCUGAGGUUGAUCCUACUUGUGUUGGUGGUUUGAUUUCGUAUGGUGUAACAACCUUGCGUGCUUUGAGGGAGAGUGCUGCCAUUGAAAAGGGUGAUCAAUUGAAAAUUGAGCUGGAUUCUCUGCAUGGGCAAGCAUCAGUUUUAGCUGCUUUAAUAUCCAUCUUACGAAAGCUCUCGCUUGGUUGUCCUGCAAGGUUACCCAAAUCAGUAUUUGAAGCUGCCAGGAAAAUGCUGACAGAAUCUAGUCGAAACCCUGUUGCUGCUAUUGCAGAGAAAGAGGCUGGGUGGCUUCUGUUAGCUUCUGUAAUAACCUCCAUUACGAAGGAGGAGCUGAAAGAUCAAGUGUUUGAUAUCCUCUCCCUGUGGACUGUACCUUUUGGUGGAAAUCCAGCUUCCCAACUGAAGCAAUCUGAAGACCUAACAUCUAAAGUACGCGUUUGGUCGGCUGCAGUUGAGGCGCUCACUGCAUUCAUUCGAAGUUUUGUUUCUCCAACUGUAGGAUUCAUUGACAGCAGAAUCUUACUUCAGCCUGUUCUCAUGUACCUUAAUGGGGCACUGUCCUAUAUAUCAUUGAUACCAUCCAAUUAUCUGCAACCUCUCAAGCUUGUAAUGGAUCUAUUCAUCAUCAGAACUUUAGUGGCUUACAAGUCUCUUGUCGAUCCGAUGGCAUAUAAAUGUGAUCAUCCUCAGCUUAUUCAAAUAUGUACCAGUCCAUACAGGGAACCAUCGAAGUAUGAAGAAAGUUCAAGUUUGAGAAUGUUGUUAGAUAAGAGAGAUGCAUGCCUUGGCCCUUGGGUUCCUGGAAGGGAUUGGUUUGAGGAUGAACUGCGUGCUUUUGAAGGGGGUGCCGAUGAAUUGAUGCCUUGUGUAUGGGAAAAUGAACUUCCAAGCUUUCCUCAGCCCGAGGCCUUGAGCAAGAUGUUGGUUAACCAUAUGCUCGUUUGCUUUGGUACCGUCUUUGCCACUCAGGAUGCAGAUAGCAAACUAAGGCUUCUUAGCACAAUUGAGCAGCCGUUGAGAACUGGAAAGAGGCAAUCUUGGCAUGUAGCUCUCACCACCAAUGUUUGUGUUGGCCUUCUUGCGGGUUUAAAGGCUUCACUUGCAUUGCGUACCCAGGCAUUGGGUAUGGAGAUACUAUCUGCAGUCCAAUCUAUCUUGCAGGGUGUUCUUUUAGAAGGAGAUGUAACUGUGGCACAGCGAAGAGCGGCAUCAGAGGGCCUUGGUUUGCUAGCUCGCUUUGGGAAUGAUGCCUUCACUGCACGAAUGACUCGAUCCCUGCUGGCAGAUCUUCCUGGUAACUCGGAUUUGAAUUAUAUUGGAUCAAUAGCACUUGCACUUGGAUGCAUACAUCGCAGUGCAGGAGGAAUGGCACUAUCUACUUUGGUUCCUGCAACUGUGAACUCAAUUUCAUUGCUGGCUAAAAGCUCAAAUGCUUUCCUUCAAGCUUGGUCUUUGCAUGGUCUUCUUCUCACUGUUGAAGCUGCCGGCUUGUCAUAUGUGUCUCAUGUGCAGCCACUGCUCCUCCUGGCUAUGGAGAUUCUUUUAACUGAGGAGAAUGGAUGGGUGGACCUUCGGCAGGGCAUAGGAAGGCUAAUUAAUGCUAUUGUAGCAGUCCUUGGUCCUGAACUUGCCCCUGGAAGCACUUUCUUUUCUCGUUGCAAGUCUGUGGUUUCAGAGAUAAGUUCUGGACAAGAAACAUCAACGUUGUUUGAGUCGGUUAGGUUCACACAACAACUUGUUCUUUUUGCUCCUCAGGCUCUUUCAGUCCAUUCUCAUGUUCAAACUCUUCGUUCAACCCUCCCAUCUAAACAGCCAGCCCUUCGGCAACUUGCUGUAUCGACUCUUCGGCAUCUCAUUGAAAAGGAUCCGGUUUCCAUUGUUGAUGAGGGAAUAGAGGAAAACCUAUUCAGCAUGCUCGAUGAAGAAACAGAUUCAGAGAUCGGAAAUUUGGUGUGCUCAACAAUUAUACGACUGCUCUAUGCGUCAUGCCCUAUGCGUCCCUACCGUUGGAUAGAAAUAUGUCGUAAUGUGGUUCUUACAACAUCUGCAAAGCGGACUACUGCUCAAACUGUAAACAUAAAUUCUGAUAGUGAUUCCAAAAUGUAUUAUGGAGAAGAUGAUGAAGAUAUGAUUACUAGCUCUAGAAAUGGACAUGUGCCAGAUUCAAGCAAAGCAAAUUUGAAAAAUGACAUGCAUCUGCGUUAUCGAACCCGUGUUUUCGCUGCAGAGUGCUUGAAUCAUCUUCCUCUUGCAGUUGGAGCAGAUCCUGCACAUUUUGACCUCUCUUUGGCAAGAGCUCGUCUGCUUGAUGAUGGGGGUGCAACCACCAAUUAUUGGCUAGUAUUGCACAUCCAGGAGCUAGUAGCACUUGCUUAUCAGAUAAGCACCAGCCAGUUGGAGAACAUGCAACCAUUAGGAGUUACACUUUUAAGUACCAUUAUGGAGAAGUUUGAGAGUGCGCCAGAUCCAGAGCUUCCCGGACACCUUCUGAUGGAACAAUAUCAGGCUCAGCUUGUUUCUGCUGUUAGAACUGCCCUGGAUGUAUCUGUCGGCCCUGUUCUUCUAGAAUCAGGCCUGCAGCUAGCCACAAAGAUUCUAACAAGCAACAUCACCAGUGGGGAUCGGGUUGCAGUUCAACGAUUAUACUCGUUGAUCUCAAGGCCUUUGGAUGACUUUAAAGAUCUCUACUAUCCAUCAUUCGCUGAAUGGGUUGUUUGCAAGAUAAAGAUACGGCUUCUUGCAGCCCAUGCUUCUGUCAAAUGUUACACUUAUAACUACUUGAGAACGGAGCCUUACAAGCUUCCUGAUGAAUAUGCUCUAUUGCUACCACUUUUCUCAAAGAGGUCAAGCAUUCUUGGAAAAUACUGGAUGCAGAUACUUAAGGACUAUAGCUUCAUUCUCUUUGGUUUCCAGUCUGAAAGUAAUUACAAGCCAUUUCUAGAUGGUAUUGAAUCUCCAUUGGUUUCAUCAAUGGUGCGACCAUGUCUAAAUGAAGCCUGGCCGGUAGUUCUACAAGCAGUUACUUUGGAUUGUGCUCCUAUGCAAUCUGAACGUGAUGGAUAUCCCGAUUCUGGUGCAGAGCAUUCAUUUGACAAGAAUGCUGAUAUAUCUGGAUACAACAAAUUCAGAUUAGACAGCCUGGAAUUUAAUUUCCUCUGGGGCUUUGCAUUACUUACACUAUUUCUGGGCCAACAACGAAGAGAGGAGAAAAAAGUUCUGCGGUUUAUUAAUUCCAGUAAAUUUGUCAGUGGAGAUCUAUUAGCUGAAGAGCUGAACCGUUUUAGAGAGAAACUAUUUGAAGUUGCCUUGAUUGCUGUAAAAUCUCUUUCGACUAAUUUGUUUUAUGAUAAGCAAAUGCUUUCGUUGGACCUCUGCACUGAGCUCUUGCAGGUUGUAUUGCAUCUUGCUGAUGUGGGAGAAUCAAGGAUUAUUAUUCUUAUUUUAUCCAUUUUAUCACAGAUUAUGUGCUACUGCCCAGGCGAUUACUUUGAGAGUGAAGAGUUUUCCUUUGCUACAAUGGAGCUCUGUGUUAAAUAUGUUCAUCAAUGUCCUCAAAGCUCUUUAUCACAAGAUGCCCCAGGUCAUAGAGAACUGAUGUCUGCCGCGUGUGAACUGGUCGAGACUACUCUUCGUCGCUUGAGGCCUGAGGAGUGUAGAAAGGUGCUGUUGGCUUUAUUGUCUGCUAGUCACUCUCAUCUUAAAGAUGCAUCAUGUCCUUCACCCAUUUCAGCUGUAAUUGCUUUCAUACAGAAGAUCACAGCUUUGUUACGGAAAUAUUUUGAAGAUGAAAGUAUCCGUGUUGGUGAUGCCAAUGCUGAUAUGGAAACUCUCUUAAAAGCCUGGUCAAGUACCAUUAUGCAUUUGUCUUCACAAUGCAUCUGGGGUUUCCAUAUGAAUGAGAAUAAGAAGAGCAACUCUACUAAAAUUCUUUUGGUAAAGCUUUCUGACUGUCUAGAGGAAGCUGUUUCUCUUGCCAAACUAGUUCACAACAUACAGCUUCUCCAGCAAACCAAAGUCAGUGAGGGACUAAAAUGUUUUAGUGCAUACCUUUGUUGCAUCAAAUGCAUCCAAUCCACCCUCAAUGACUCCAAUAUGCAGGUCCAAAUAGUCGGAUUGCAUAAACUUAAAAGUAUUGCUCAGAGAGGGCUUGGUGGAAAGGAAGACCAUUCAUUUAUUUUGUUUUUAGUCGGGGAGCUCUUUGGGGAUAUUUUCUCCUUGAUUCAAAACGCAUUACAGCAGAAACCAAUGACCAUGGAAUCAGUGGCAGUCAUUAGCGAGUGUCUGAAACUAUUUGUUCUUAUGCACAAUUUGUCACAAGCCCGUGAGUGCCAGCAGGAUAUCCUUAGUCUUCUCCUUCAGGCCAUAGUGAUGGUCUCCUCAACUUCUUCUGAAGGAUAUUCUCAGGAGCUUGUCGAGGUUAAUAGUAUUGCAGAGAAGCUGGUUUCACACCUUGCUCAUAUUCCUUCCUCUGCAGCCCAAUUCAAAGACGUCUUACUUGCAAUGCCAGUGACUGUACGACAACAAUUGCAGGAUAUCAUUCGAUCUUCAGUCACUUCGGAUAACACAUCAUCACAAGCAAGAUCAGAUGCUGCUGCACCAUUGCCUAUGUUACCAAUUAGACUACCAAUUCAACCCCAAAAUAUUAGCAACAGUGAUGCUCUCCAACCAAGUGAUCCAAUGUCAAGUAUGGUUGCUGAUGUGGAAGAGGAAGACGGAGAUGAUGAUGAUUGGGACACAUUUCAGUCAUUUCCUGUGGCUACUGUAGAUGCCAAUGGUGAGACUGCUGAACAUGAUAAUGGUUCAUCUAACUUGGAGAGUAGUGAUUAUGGGAAUAAUUUUCUGGGAUCCUCUCACACCCAGUCUCUUGAGAAUUUGGAUGAAUCCAAUGAGCCUAGCAAGUCUUCUAAUUUAGAGGUUAGUGAUCAUGGAGAAGAUACAGUUAAAAUUGAAGGAGAGGAUGUAAACAAAAUUGGAGAGAGAGUGGAUAUAAACAAUACUGAAGGAGAGGAUAUAAACAAAAUUGGAGAAAGGUAGGACAUAAAACCUGAGAUGAUAGAGAGAGAAACUGACAACUAAUGGAAAUAUGGCAUGUAUCAAGUACCAGAUUCCUUCUUAGAGAGGUACAUGUAACUAAAGGUUCGUGCAUUCCCUGCCUUAAGCCUCUUAUCGACCAAGCAAUUUUAUUUGUUCAGCGAUUUGAGAGCCCACUAUUUCAUUUUCUUCUGAACUUGUGGCA